CUGUUAGCCUAUAUUUAUUAAUCAUAAGGAGGUCAACGUCAAUCAACGUCGACCGAAGUUACGGAGACAAUAGAUAAAUUUAUUUUUCUUUAUUUAAUAUCCGUUAAUAUCCGUCAAUAGUCGUUGAUAAGAUAUCACUUUUCUUUUGAUACAGAGUUAAGACACGCGUAUUAGAUAUAGCGAAUAGAAAACUAAAAAUAUUAUACCGUACGUGCAAUCUGACGUAAACUUGUCUCCGUCGACUUCGGAUAUUUUACCAAAACACGUCAUAGUAUUUAAUUGCAUAGAAAUUUGCAGAGAGCUGCGUAAUAGGGCUGACAGUGUUAUUCGUGUCCACUACAUGUAAAAACGUAUAAUGGUGUACAUACCCAUCAAGUGCAUGUAUGUAUGUACAAGCAUUGGUAUUUGCACACGUUUGAUUGCUGUUAACUGACACUGUCUUUUGUUAUAAGCAAGUGAAAACAGUCAGUCCGUGUAUGUACAUUAGUUGUGUAAUGUAUCUGGCAAGUGAAAUGAUGAUUAAAUCGAAAACAGGCAUAGGAUGCAAGGAAGCCAAUCGAUAGAUAUCUCAUUUUGGGCAGUGAGGCUGUUCUUAACAUACAAUAAUAAGAUCGGAUACAAGAAGGCAAACAUCUUUUGUUUAAGAUGUUUGGUUCAAAGACACAAACGUCUAAUAGCACCUUUUAUACCAAAUUAGAAGUUAAUGUAGAAGACAAUGAAUCUGAAAUCUUAAGUACAACAGAAUGUAAAGAUAAAAAUUCCAUAGGCACUACAUGUGGUCAUUCUGACACAACAGUAGAUGGUAAAGAGCCAGAGGGGUACAAUGGGCUUUCGUUUCGCAGAAUUGCCACCUUCGGUGGUUUCUCGCGAUUUCGGCCAUUUGUUAUGUCUACUGGAAAUACAACAGAUAGUGUUGAUAUCAGUGUGAAUGAGGAAAAUUCUACAAAAGUGCCAUUCGUUUGUGUGGCACAUAGCGUACUAGAGUAUAGAAGUAGUAGAUAUUUAGCUGCCGAGAGGAACUCCCGCCGAUACGCUGAAGAUUCGUACACGAUAAGCGAAUCGGAGAGCGAAGAAGAGUUCGAGGGCACGAAAUCGUCGGAGACGGAUUCUGCGAUAGUCGCGGAUCACGUUGAUUCGGCGUUCGAAAUAAAAUCGAAUAGUAGCGUACAGUGUUCGAAUUCUAAAAAGAAAAAGGCACGUCAAGUUGUCGAAGAACUGUUGUUUACGGAAAAAAAUUACGUUAAUAUUCUAAGAUUGAUCGAUCAAGUAUUUCAAUUUCGAGUCGAUCAAGAGAACAGAGCGCAUCCAAUGUUCCCUCCAGAAACAGUACAACACAUGUUUUCGAAUAUCAAAUCGAUUUACAAAUUCCACAACGACUUCCUAUUGCCCCAGCUACAAGAAAGAAUACAAAACUGGGAAUCGGAUCCUAGGAUCGGAGAUAUCAUGAAGAAUUUUGCACCGUUUUUGAAGAUGUACACAGAAUAUGUAAAGAACUUUGAUUAUGCCAUGAAUUUGAUACAAACGCUGCAAGUCAAAGUCGCCAGAUUUGCUGCAAUUAUUAACGACAUUCAAAAAUUGGACGAGUGUGCCAAAUUGUCUUUGUCCCAUCAUAUGUUGAGCCCUAUACAAAGAUUACCAAGGUACGAGCUUCUUCUGAAAGAUUACCUGAAAAACCUCGCGAAAGGAAAUGCUGAUUACGAGGACGCUAAAAAGGCAUUGGAAUUAGUAUCUACCGCUGCUAAUCACACGAACGACGCAAUGAAGAAAAUCGACAAGUUCAAAAAGCUUCUUGAGAUACAAGAGAGCAUAUACGAUACAACGGAUCUAGUCAGUGCUACGCGGGAACUUGUAAAAGAGGGUCGUAUUGUUAAGAUUUCAGCGAGGAGCGGCGAUCACCAGGAGAGGCACUUGUUUUUGUUUAGCGAUUUAUUAUUACUUUGUUCGAUAAGACUGAUACCUGGACCAUUGUACCGAUUGAGAGCGAAAUUCAUGGUCGAAAAUUUGCAAGUAAUGGAGGGCGACAAUUUAGAAACAGCGAACACUUUUUACAUUAGAGACGAAGACAAGAGCGUCGAACUGUACACGCAUUCGGCCGAGGAGAAGGCAGCGUGGCUCGAUGCACUUUGCGACACUAUGCAAGAGAUUAUGAGAAGAAAAGCAAGCCUGAAAACUGUAAACGUUAAAACGCUUGAUGUGAAAACGGAAGACGUAACCAAGUGCAUGAUGUGCGAUGUAAUUUUUUCUGUAAUGAAGAGAAAACACAAGUGCAGAGCUUGUGGAAUAGUAAUUUGCGGUAAAUGUUCAAAUCAAAAGUUAUUGUUCGAAGAUAAUAAAAACAUGAGAGUUUGUCGUCUAUGUUACGCUACGUUAACGCAACCGCUUUCCAAAUCAUCGUCUUCGUCGUCUCCGUCCGGACCGGUACCAAGUUUGUUGCAAAUCUCGGCAAGUGCAUCCUCCGUUAUAUCCGGAUAUCUUAUGUUAAAGACUCAGCCAAGUAAACCUUGGAUACGCCGAUGGUUCGCGUUGCGUGUCGAUUUCGUCUUAUACACAUUUAAAUCUGAAUCCGAAAGUAUGGCUCUGACAGCGACUCCUAUGCCUGGUUUUAUUGUUACGGAUGGUAUUCAAUUAUCCGACGAGGAUCCUUUAAGUUCUAAAGAUAGACCCAAGGCCAUUAAGAUGCAUCAUUCCAGGAAAAGUUAUUAUUUACAAGCAUCGUCGGAAGAAGAUAAGCUGAAAUGGUUCCACGCUCUACAUUUAGCUACUAAAGCGGAACUACCGUCGUUCGAAACAGUGGAGAACGAAGACGCACAAAACUGCCAAUUGAUCGUCGAGGCCCGAUAAAGAAUUUUUACAAUUUUACCCAUGACGUGAAUCAAUUUUUUACUAUAGUAACCGUAUAAGAUCAGAGCGCGAGAAGAUAAUCGUUGGUAGAUAAUCAUUAUAUGAAAAUGACGUUAACUUAUGUUAUAUAAUAUACAAACACAC